CUUCACAGCUUACAUUUCUAGUGCUUCUCUUCUUUGAGAAAACUACUAUUAUUCUCAUCGCAAACAAACUCUCUCAUAGAAAACAACAAGUAUAGAAAAUCUAUUGAACAAGUAGCUAUGAGAAUUUCUUGCUGUUUCCUCUUUUGCCUCUUGAUUUUUUCAGGUACAAGCAUUGCAGACAAGCAUCCCACAGAAGCCAUCAGGAAAAGCAAAAAACUUGCAUUCCAAGAGGAGGACAUUGCCAUUUCACCUUCCAUGUAUUCUGACCAGCUAGAUGUUCCCAUUAUUAAUCCAACAACCCCAGGUACGACAUAUCCAGACCCCACGAUGGAUAGUCCACCACCACCAUCUACCACACAGCCUAUCACGAACCCUAGUCCAUUCAUGAAUCCUAACCCAAACCCAAAUCCUAAUCCUAACCCGAACCCAAAUCCUAAUCCUAACCCAAAUCCUAAUCCUAACCCAAACCCAAACCCAAGCAACAAUCCGGGGCCAUCUACUGGGGGGACUUGGUGUGUAGCCAGCUCCACUGCUUCAACAACUGCUCUGCAAGUAGCACUGGACUAUGCAUGUGGCUUUGGAGGUGCAGAUUGUUCAACUAUUCAGUCUGGUGGAAGCUGCUACGAACCAAACACAAUUAAAGACCAUGCUUCCUAUGCUUUCAAUGACUACUACCAAAAGAAUCCAGCACCCACAAGCUGUGAUUUUGGAGGAACAGCACAGCUUACUAAUACUGACCCAAGCUCUGGGAACUGUCACUAUGCAUCAUCAAAAUCAACCCCUACCACACCACCUGCACAGCCACCCCCUACCCUGCCACCUCCUUCUCUGCCACCUCCAACUCCAAGCACUAUGACGCCCGUAAAUCCAUACACCCCAGGUGGCCCGAAUGGUUUUGGUUCUGAACCAACAGAUUAUGGUGCAGAACCAACAGGUACCCCAAGUGGAGCAGAUAAUUUAUCAAGCAACUUCCAGUUUCUCUUCGCCAUGGCCUCUUUCCUGGUGGCAGUUACAGCAAUUCAAUUCUAAACAGAUUGGGCAAGACAUUGUUCACAGGGGUUGCAAGAAGACACUAGUUGUCUCCAUACUCCCAUUGCUUCUAAACAGCAUAAUCAUCAUGAGAUGUGAAAAUCUCAUGGCAUUCAACACAUGAAACUUGCUGUACUUCGUCCAUUUAUGGCUUUUAGCCCAAGUAGGAAGUCAGUACGUAGUGAAGAACAUCUUAAUGUAGCCAAUUUCUAUUAAAAUAUUUCUGCAGUUAAUAAAUA